UUGCGAACUGAAAGUUAAUUUUAAUAUUCACAAUCGUAAUGUAACUUUUUGCAGAUCGAUCGGUGCUCGUGAAAAUGCACGGUCGUGAUUAAAACGGUAACUAAUUAUAAUUUGAAUCGUGAAAAUCGAGAGACCCACGAAGGUCCCUUUUUAUUCUAUUCUUCCGCAUUCAUAAGAGAAAAAGAUCUUCUUGAUGCAGGUGUUUUCUCAAUCCGUAAUGAAGCAUUGCGAGGUGAGGUGAGACGAGGCGUUGUCGUUGCAGGAUCUCACCGAGCACCGUAAUUCCCGCCAUAAAAAUCGUCCAGGUAGAUCGCCCCGCCAUUAUUUCUCUCCCUCCGGUCGCUCUCGCUCGAACGCUCUCCCACAAAGGACACUAGACAGGCGGAAGGGUAGGAGAGAUGGAGAGCGGCCGGUUAUGUUCUUCUCCGAGUAGAGAAGAAGGGAGCAUAUGUAUGUAUGUGUGCGUGAAAAAGAAAGAGAGAAGGAGGAGCUGCCAAGGGGAAGAGGGAGGAGAGAGAGAGAAAAGAAGGAGAAUCUCCCUCCAACGGCAACUGUCGAGCAGAUUUCUUUCAAAGGGCACGAUUUCAGUUUUCAAGGACCCAGCCAGGCUCUGCCAUCGUUGAUGUGCUGAUGCCGGUCGUGCAUUCUAUUCGAGUUUACCAAAGCAUCUUUUUUUUUGUUAUUUGAUACUCGGAAAUGUUUGUUCGUAUCGGGAUGUGCGCGUCGUGUCGUGGCAAUUGCUUUGAUUUUCAUUGUGGAUCCUCAAUUAUUUUUUUUCUACUUUCCAAGUGUUUUAUCCUUAAAAUAUCAUUUCAGAGAGAGAGAGAGAGAGAGAGAGAGAGAGAGAGAGAGAAAGAGCUCCGUGAAUGGUCUCUCUCUCUCCCCCCUCCCUCCUCAAUAGCACUCUCUCGUUCGGUAUCUCGACGUAGGCAGAAAAGAACGCUGUUGUCACAAUCACCGAAAAUUCUUCGACGAAUUAUUUAAAUUGUCCUCGUUCUCUCUGAAUCGAAUAAUAGAGAGUUGGCUUUCCAAAGCGGCGUCCUACGUCGCUCCGUUCGCUCGCGCGUCGGCCAUAAUGGAGCGCCGCUGUAGUCGCGAGUGAGUUUACGCGCAGGAUAGACGACGACGACGACGACGACCUGUUGCUUUCGUUUCCGUGAUUUCGCGUGUGUUAUUUUACGCGCGGGAAUCUAUAGUGAUCAUUUUUAUAUGUGUGCAUUUCAUUCUUAUCGUACAAGGAAGAUGGAAAAUCGUGACGCGUCAAGGAAGAAAGAGAAAGGGAGAGGGAGAGAAAGAGAGAGAGAGAGAUCGAGUCGGUAGAUUUCUCUCCAACGGCCUGAGAUUCCGUUUGGUUCAUCUCCCCUCUCCACUUUGUAAUCUCUAGACCUUUCGUCGAACGAGAGGAGCGUUUCCGGUUGGAUAGCGCCGUCUUCUUCAUCGUCGCUUGCUAGAUUCUCUCUCUCUCUCUCUCUCUCUCUCUCUCUCUCUCUCUCUCUCUCUUUCUCUCUCUGUUCACAUCCUUCUUCUCUCGCCAUUGGAAUUCACGCGAAUCGUAGCGUCGUCUUUUGCCCACGGGAACAAAUUAUUUCGUUCGAAACGAGCAUCGCGUGACGCUUCACGUUAUGCCGACUCGUUUCCAUGAUGCGUCGUCUCCAUCUCUUUCUCUCCCUCUCUUUCUAUUUGUCUCUCUCUCUCCUUCUUAACCGUCUUUUUCUGAUUCCCCUCCUCGAUCGAGUAACACUGGCAUUUCUUCCGAUUAUAUGUUUGCUGUCGCGCGUCGUUGCCGUCGCGUCGUUGUCGUUGUGUGUGUGUCGUUCAUGUACUAACUGAUUUUAUAUAAAAAAAAAAAAAGUGAAAUCAUCUUAUCUUUUCUACUCGUUACUCGCUAAAACUCGAUUCUCCGUGAUAUAUAUUUCCUAAUUUCCAUAUUCGCGUUCAAGGUCGUGUGAAUCGUGACGAAUCUCAAGGGAGUAUAUACGAGCAGCCGAUCGCAGUUAUUCUCUUUCCUUUUCUUUUGCGAAUGACGGAGGAAUGAAAUGGUAGGAGUGAAAGUAAAACGAGUCUUCGUCGAUAGAUAUCGGACACAUGUGGCCCGGGAACGAAGGAGCGUGUUCGAUAAAUCGUGUUAUAACUCGCGUACACGAUAUCGAGGUGUAUCUAAUAUUCGUGGAUAACCUUGCAUUCUCCGGUUCGCGUGCCGGCGAUAUAGUAGUAGGGACGCGCUCCGCCUUUCUCUCUUUCUUUCUCUCUCUCUCUCUCUCUCUCUCUCUCUCUCUCUUUCUCUCUGUCUGUCUCUGUCUCUCUCUCUCCCCUUCUUUCUCUUUCUCUCUCGCGUGCACGCCAUGCCGCAUGUUCUGCUGUGUGCGUGCGUGCAAAGGCGAGUGCGUCGACCGUACAGUGGAUAUGAGAGCGGCGUCGUCGUCGGCUCUCUUCUCACCAGCUAUGCAACCUGUUGCAGGCACGUUCGAAGGACUUUCGUCCUCGAAACUUCUCAAAAUGAUCCUCUCGAGAAUGUAUAUUUUUGAACGUCCCGUCUCGUCCCUUCAUUUCGCGUUACUUCUUUAAUUAUUCCCAUUUUAGGAGAACGUAAGUGUUUUCGGUAAUGUUUGAUGAGAACGUAUUUCGCGUUUGUUUAAUUUCGCAACGAUCUCUAUCGUUAUAAAAACACGAUUCAUGCCAUUUCACAAAAUCUCGCUGAAAAAUGCUGUGCGCAUUUUUGUUCCUCUUCCGUCGCUACGAACACUCGGUUAUCAAUAAAAUUCGACAUUAAUUCGAUCAAAUCUGAAAUGUGCUCGUUUCUGAGCGUCGAGAUUUAAUUUGGAGAAAACGAUUGAACAGAAAGAAGGAAAGAGUAAAUAUCUGCACGCACACAGAAAAAAGAGAGAGAGAGAAUGGACUUUCGUCUGGUUUUAUCGAUAGGAAUAUACAUAUUAAAGAAUAUCUAUGGUUUCGAUGUAAUACGUUUUAAAUACGUACACGAUUUUCGCUAUGAACGAUACAUUUCGAUCUUUUAAAUAGUCGUGAAUUUUACGAAUCGGGCGAGCGAUGGCAAUCUAUGUCGCACCGAUGUCUCUUUUAAAGCCUUUCUUUCGAAUUCCUCGAAACAAUCUACUCUCGGACGAUAAUACUCUCUAAUGUUAACACGGCUCUUUGCCGUUUUUAUUCUGAUAAUCUAUAUCAUGUCUUCGUCACUUGUCGUCGGAUGCUUCGCGAUCUAAUUUAUAUCUUCAGAUUUAUCUUAAUGUUUUAUUUUUUCAACCUAAUUGUUGAUUAUGAAAGCGUUGCAACGUGUGAUAUCAACGUGUUAUACUAGGUGAUACAACGAAACGAUAUAUAAAAUUUUAAGUAGUAAUUUUGCCCGAGUCCGUUUACUUUCACGUUUUUUUCCUUUUUCUUUCGGAUAGCAAAAACAAAAGAAUAAAAAGAAGUAGAAGGAGGAAAGGAAGGAGGAGAGAGGUAGUCAAGGUCGCAAGGAAACGCGGGACGUUGCUUAUGGUUACUCUUUCUGUCAAGAACGAUUCCUCGGGCAAAAGGCUGCGAAGUCCGGAGGAGUUGUCGGAAAAUCAAGAUGGCAAAAUACGUGCCGCUGAUGCGCACUUUUCACCCGUCAGUUACGUAACGAAACCCGAUACUCCGUUCAGAUAUCCCGUUAACGUCGACACAGGAAAGGUUCUAUCAUUUUUUGGAAAAGAGAUCUCAUCGUGGAACAGAGAGUUCGAUUACGACGUGGAAAUCACGCAAUUAGGCGAAGGCGUCCCUGCUAACAUAAUGUACAUGUUUGAACUACUUCACAGUCAAGGAUCGAUGCUCAGUUCUGUUUGUUGUGACGUCGGAGAACGUUUGUGUAAUAUUUGGGCGAAAUUAGAGAACAUCGAUAUACGUUACACGAAGGAUGUAAUGUUUCAAAGUCAAACGAAUUUUCGGACGUGGGGCCGAAUACUCUGCGAUGCUCAUACCAAAUCCGAUAUCACCAGUUACAUGUUGGAAGGUUGCAAGUGGUCGUACCACGAUAAUAAAACAUCUGUCGUAUCUUUGAACUUGAGCGGCGUAAAGCAAUAUUCCUUGUAUCCGGGUCAAAUCGUGGCGGUCGAAGGAACAAAUCCAACGAGGAAUGUUUUAAACGCGAAACGAUUUUUCACUAAAGGUUAUGCCAAUAAACCCGAACCACCCAGACUUACAAAAAGUUUUAAUAUUAUGAUCGCGGUCGGUCCGUUCACACCCUCGGAUAAUUUGUGUUAUCAACCUUUGUUCGAUAUUAUGGAACGCGUAGCGAAGGAACAGCCUCACGUGUUGAUACUAAUUGGACCAUUUGUUGAGUAUAGUCAUCCAGAAGUGAAGAGUACUUCGAUCAAGGAAACAUUUCAAGAACAUUUCGAGAGACUGAUUGCGAAAGUUAUGCAAUAUGUGUUAGGAAAACUUGUUAAAGUUAUAAUGGUACCAUCGUAUAGAGAUGUUCAUCAUAGUCCCGUUUUCCCAACCCCCGAAUUUUUCAUUAACAAGGACAAAAUACCGCUAGGUGGUGAAAAUCUUUAUAUGAUGCCAGACCCUUGCAUGUUGGAUAUAGAAGGUUUGAUAAUCGGUAUAACUUCGGUAGAUAGUAUUAAGCAUAUAGCAAAAGAAGAAAUUUCGAAUUUGCCAACAACGGAUAGACUUAUCCGCAUAGCCGAUCACAUAUUGUCUCAACGUUGCUUUUAUCCGUCCUAUCCUCCUACUGUAAACCUCGAUACGAAAUUGUGGAAAAAAUACGCUUUCUUCGAUCUACAACCGCAUAUAUUGAUUUUGCCAUCGGAUAUGCGUUAUUUUUGUGGCGUAAUCAAUGAUUGUCUCGUUAUAAACCCUGAACGAUCGAUCAAGUAUACGUACGCAAGGUUGUGUAUCAGACCAAACGAACAAUGGAAUCCUCAUAACGUAUCUUGUGAGAUAGGAAAAAUCUGAGAACGUUAUUCGUGGUAUUGGUUUGAUUACCAUAUCUAUAUGCUAUACGUCUAUUUAAGGAAAUAAUUUUUAUUUUUUUUGUACAGUUAUUUUUUUCUAAUUAAAAAAAGAAAAGAUCACUUUCACCUUUUAGAUAAAUUUCAUUCGAAUAUUUUUGUAUUACCUAUGAUUCAAGCAUCGUCUGCAAAAGUUGUAUUUUUUGUCAUAUACCAAAUAAGCAUCUCCAAUUUACAUAGAGUUAACUUCUUAUCAAUGGUAAUGUAUCUUGCGAAUAAAAGUCCAUCAUGAAACUUAAAUAAGAAAUUUGUUACGAGCAGGUUUAAUUUCAUUAUUACGACUUAUAAAUACGUAAAUAUAUAAGAGUUAUGAGAAUC